AUGGCACAAACGGGAAACCGUACGAAUUUUUAGCGCCAUACGUUUAAAACAUGGACAUCAUAGGCUCGAUGUUUACAUUUGCAAUGCCUCUCCAGGAGUGGUUGUGUUCGUUUGGAACCGUGCACAGCAGCAGUGAUUCCGACAGUUACAUAAGGAACCUUCAGACCACCAUGGUAGCCUUCGAUGUUGACGUCAGAGACAAGCUGGUGGUGAACUCUUCCCCUCCCUCGGACACCACGGAACUAGUGCUGCGGGUGAUUGAGAAAAAGAUACGACAAGGGGAAAAGAAUGUCCUGACUCAAGGGUUUGGAAUGAUGUCUGAUGACCCAGAUGCUCAGGUGUCGUGUUUCACCAACAUAGAAUACAGACACCCCAACUCCAGCGUGAACCUGCUGCAGCGCAGUGUGUGGAAGAAGCUACACCACUGUAUUGGUGAUGUCUGGAUGAGAGCAUUACUUGAGGAGACUGCCAUCUUUACAAAGUGUAGUCAGACCUGUUACAUUCAACUGACAGGUACUCCUGUUUUUGUGAAAUCCAAAUCUGAAACUGGAUUAUUUGUAAAGAAAAGUGUCAAGAAAGAUAAUCAGGGUACUGGGAAGCAUCACAGGAAGGGAAAACAAGAUUGGCAAGCAGAGAGAAGAAAAUGUCAGAAGAGACGGAGGACAGAAGACUUGGAGGAACCAUGUGCCAAAAAGAUGAAGAUGAUUGAUGAUGAAAUUGUACUUGUUAAUCGUCCAGAGGCAGAGAAAUUACCUGCUCAAGAACCGACACCUUCGUUUAAUCCCUACAAAUAUCACUUGUACCUGGCCCAGUCAUACCUCUACUCAUCCGAUUAUAGAGAAAAAUUCCCAGCAUCUCACGUCCUGUCACAAGCUCACUUUUGUCUCUAUGAGGAGAUAUGUACCGUCGAUGUGACAGGUAGUAUGUCUCCUCCCUAUGAUACCAAUGGCCAUCCCCCAAUAUCUGCACCACGUAUCACUGUCCCCCAUCUGUUAUCCUUGGAGGAAUUGCUGCAAAGUCUGCAACAGAAUCACGAAGCCUGUAUGUACUGGACCUACUUAAAUACAUGCUGUCCUGUUGUCUCUGUGAAGAAAAAACUUACAAAAGGACGGAGAAUGAACCUUAAGAUACCUGAUCAUGUUCUCCUUAAGGACUGUGUGCCGCCUCAAAAGGUGUACAUUUUCUUAAGAAAAGUUUUCAUCGAAGUAGUUCCCCUGCAGAUAGUUGGCUGUCUGCAUAACAGAAACCAUUUCCUGAAAGCUAUCAAGACAUUGGUGUAUCUAGGGAGGUAUGAGAAAAUGUGUGUAGGUGACCUCUUGAAAGGAAUAAAGACAAAGACAAUUCCAUGGCUUAAAACUGUGUCUCCUCACUGUUUAAAGCUUCAUCUACUGGCCAAAGUUCUCUACUGGUUAAUGAAUGACUUCAUAAUAACUUUAAUCAAGGUCUUUUUCUAUGUGACAGAGACAGCAACAUUUAGAAAUCAACUUCUAUUCUACAGGAAGAGAGUUUGGUCAAAGUUACAUUCUGAUGGAAUUAAAGAUCUCAGGAAAAAAGGAGUUCUCACAAGUGUUAAAAAGACUGCAGUGACAGCAUCAUUACAGAAUGGGAGCUGUCUAGGAGAGGCUUCUAUCAGAUUUCUACCCAAACUGAGAUCUCUACGUCCUAUUGCUAACUUGGGGAGACAACCUCCCCCCAUUGCAAAAUCGGCUUUGCCAAUUAACAAACAACUGAUGAAUGUUUUGACAGUUCUCUCUUAUUUGACAUCAUGUGAUCCAUCUUGGAUUGGAGCUGCCAAAUUUGGAACUGAUGACAUCUUCUUAGACUGGAAAGAGUUUGCUUUAAACUGGAAAAAAGAUCCAGAGAGGAAUCAUUUAUAUUUUGUCAAAACAGACAUAAAGGCAUGCUUUGAUGGUAUUUUACAAGAAAAGCUUUUAGAAAUCAUAGAAGAUUUCCUAUCACAGGCACCAGAUGAAGAUGUCAUUGUAAGGAAAUUUGUGUCUCACUAUGCGUCAGACUGUAAAGUGGUGUGCAAGUUUAAGAAAAUUGCCUCUGGUUUUGAUGGAUAUAUAUCAGAUUUUGAAAAAUUCAUCCAGAAGUUCAUAGAGGACAACAAGCUUUGCAACAUAGUCUUUGUGAAUCAGAUGAUUAAUCAGCAGAUGCAUCUAGAAGAAGUAUUUGAAAAACUUAAAUGCCACAUACAGAAUAAUAUAAUCAAAAUUGGAAGACAAUACUUCAAGCAGUCGAUUGGAAUCAGCCAGGGAUCAGUGCUGUCCACCCUCCUGUGUAAUAUCUACUAUGGACAGAUGGAGAGGACGUUUAUGCCUCCACAGGACGAUGAACUUUUGAUGAGAAUGGUGGAUGAUUCUUUAUUUGUUACACCCUCAAGAGAAAGGGCAGAGCUUUUCUUGUGCAAAAUGAUUAAAGGGAAUUCGGAGUACAAUUUUUCCAUCAACGCAGACAAAAUUCUAGUCAACUUUGAUUAUCAGCAUGAAACUUGUGGAAUGAUGAAGAAAAAUCCUGGAGAUUGGUUCCCUUGGUGUGGAAUGUUAUUCAACACAAAGACAUUAGAAGUUGGCAGUGACCUCACAAGAUACCAAGGCAUCAGAAUGAGGCACACCCUCACAGUGGAUGUCUCGGUGAAUCCAGGAAGGACAAUGAAGAGAAAAUUGUUGAUGUCACUUCGUCCAAAAUGUCAUGCCAUUUUUCUGGACACAGAGUUGAACUCUACUGAGGUUUGUGUGUCUAACUGCUACAGACUUUUGCUGCUAACUGCAUUCAAGUUCCAUUGCUAUGCUUCAUGCCUACCAGACAAACAGAGGGUUAAAGACAACCCAGAAUUUUUUCACACUAUGAUUUAUGACAUUGGUUGUUACUUUUACUCUCGGGCGUCAGUACAGAGUGUGCGAAAGUUUGGAGACAAAUUUCUCUUUGAUGUCCCAUCAGAUGUGAUGCAAUGGUUGUGUUGGUAUGCUUUUAUCAUGAAGAUGAAAUGCCACUCCUCCAGUUACAAAAGACUCAUUCAGAUGAUGAAGCAGUCUUUGAAGUCUACUGAAAAGUUGCUGAGAAAGAAGGACAAAACCAUUGCCAAAUCCCUCAAAAGAGUGUGUGGAAGAAAUAUUCCAGUAGAAGUGAAGGCUUUAUAAUUCAAUAAUCUUUAUAAUUUUGCUGUUGGUAAAUAUGUUCGAUGAUUUAAAAUAAAUUUUACUGAAUUAUUAA